AUGAGAAAUGCUGGUGGGGAAAACAUGUAUGUUGCUCUUUUGCAUCAGAUGUCCAGAGCUUAUCCUGUUUGCUUCGCUGUAGUGCCAUUUUUUGGUGGCUUUGAAUUUUCAAGCAAAGCAGUGAAAACGAGCCGUCUAGGUGCUGGUAAUCUGCAGAUCCAAGACUUUGUCUUGGAGAAGCCAUCCAAAACUCAAAUAAAGGGGAUGAUUAUUUCCAAUGCUCCUAAGGUCUUGAGACUUCAAGCUGGGCACAAGUACUGCUUGUUGGGCAGGUUUCCAUCAGAGGUGGGAUGGAACCAUUAUGAAACUGUUGGAUGGCCUCAUUUUGCAUGGCCACCCUCCUAA